AAAGAAGACUCAAAAUCGUCUGCCAGCGACGAGUCUUCUGAUUCAACUUGUUUAUGUUGAAACUAAUCCACGAUCUCUGAUUCGCCAUUCGACGCAUACGUUGAUUCUCAAUCGCAACAAUUCUCUUAUGGAAAAUAUAAUAAAAAUGAGAUUCGCUGUUCCUUGCGCGGUGAUCACUGUGCUCUUAUUCGCCUGUGUUGUAGCUGAAACAGCUGAUGAGAAAACGUUUCCUUUAAGUGAAUCGUUAGACGAAUUGGAUGCUGCCGAAAGUAGGAUGUCUUUAUCUAAAGAAGAAUACAGAUCCGAUGACUGCAUACCGCUUCACCAUGACUGCACCAAGAAUCGUCAUGGUUGCUGCCGAAGUGAUAUGUUCAAAUACAAAUGUGUGUGCUUUUACAAAGCGGGGAAAGCAAAUGAAGAAACGUGCUCUUGUCAGGAGAAAUGGUAUCUCCGCAUGGCGGAGAAAGCCCUGGACAAAGGAUCCAAAUACUUUCGAAUCGGCUGAUUUGAAAAAAAAAAAAUCUUGAAGUAGUUUUAAAUAAAGAACUUAUUUGAAU